AUGGCUUUCCGCGGGCGUACAUCGACGGUUAGACGAAGCGUUCUUCCGAAUCUUUCUUUAGCUGGAAAACGCGAAGAGAAAACCGCUCCUGUUGCACCAAAGAAGAAAAAAAGCGGUUCAAAAGAAAAUCGUGGCGGAAGAGGUCGAGGACGUGGAAACCAUGGAGAGUUUGAACGGCCUAGCUUGAUAGAAUCUUCAGGGAUUUUUUCUGAAGGUCUAAGCGGUGCUGAUCCUAGCCGGCGCAUGAGAUCGGUUAAGAGUGACUUAAGCGAACAGUAUGUACCAAGUCCUUCUUGUGUGAAAGAGGAGCCGGUUAGUGAACUAGAUCCUGAGAAGAUACCGAGUUCAUACUGUUGUUAUGACGAACUUUGGGCCAGUGAUGAUGAAGAAGACAUUCAAGCACUUAGAGAGCUCAUCAGUGAUGGUUUCAUUUCUGACUUCAAGCACGGUACUGUUUUACCGCAUGUUUUACCUGUUGAGCUAGAGUCUCAGUUUAUUGAAUUGAUGCAUAAAGACGUCAAGCAGAACAUUCUGGAUCAAGAAGAUGUGAAGAUGGAGACUAAUUUAGAUGCCAAGGAACAUAUUCUAAGAGAUUUUGUUGAAGAUCAAGAAGACAAUGGAGAAAGUCCAACGUCCAAACGUAGUAGGAAAGCGGCUCGAAUUCUUCGUGAUAUGAGAAAAGAAAGCCGUGGGCACGAGUUCUUUAUGAUUCAGCUACCAAGUGUGCUUAGACUACUGUGCCAGGAAAAGCAGUCCGAAGAAAAUGUCGUUUUUCAUUCUAGUCAUUCUAAUGGGAACCCUAAACUAACUGGCAUUCAAGCCAUGGAAGGCGGUGACGCUUUACUGAAUUCUCAUGAACGAACUGCUGUGCAACAGUUGAGUCUCCCAUCAGGUCGUUCCAUUGGAAAGUUGCUUGUGACGAAAUCUGGUCGUGUACUUCUUCGUAUCGGUGGCCACUCAAUGGAUGUUGCACACACGACGUCAGAAGGGCACUAUCAGGUAGAAAUCUCAAAUUUUGUUGUUUGGAAAGUGAUAUGA